AUGGCCUCCAACGCUGCUCCCGGCGCUGUUGAUCAGCUUGCCAACGACCUCAGCAACACCUCCCUCAACGGCAGCGGUGAUGCCAAGGCCCCUGCCAUCGACACUGCUGUCGCUGGCGCCGCCGACGAUGCUGCCGCUCCUACUCCCAGCUCGGCUGCUCCCCACCCCCAGAACUCGGCCUCUCUGUACGUCGGCGAGCUCGACCCCGCCGUCACCGAGGCCAUGCUCUUCGAGCUCUUCUCUCAGAUCGGUGCUGUCGCCUCCAUCCGUGUCUGCCGUGAUGCCGUCACCCGCCGCUCUCUCGGCUAUGCCUACGUCAACUACAACUCGACUGCCGACGGCGAGAAGGCUCUCGAGGAGCUCAACUACACCAUCAUCAAGGGCCGACCCUGCCGAAUCAUGUGGUCUCAGCGUGACCCUGCUCUGCGCAAGACUGGCCAGGGUAACGUGUUCAUCAAGAACCUCGAUGUCGCUAUUGACAACAAGGCUCUUCACGACACCUUUGCUGCCUUUGGCAACAUUCUGAGCUGCAAGGUCGCCCAGGACGAGAACGGUAACUCCAAGGGCUACGGUUUCGUUCACUACGAGACCGAUGAGGCUGCUGCUCAGGCUAUCAAGCACGUCAACGGUAUGCUCCUCAACGAGAAGAAGGUCUAUGUCGGCCACCACAUCCCCAAGAAGGACCGCCAGAGCAAGUUCGAGGAGAUGAAGGCCAACUUCACCAACGUCUACGUCAAGAACAUCAGCCCGGAGGCCACCGAGGAUGACUUCCGACAGCUGUUCGAGAAGUACGGUGACGUCACUUCCUCUUCUCUGGCCCGUGAUCAGGAGGGCAAGAGCCGCGGUUUCGGCUUCGUCAACUUCACCACCCACGAGAGCGCCGCCAAGGCUGUUGAUGAGCUCAACGGCAAGGACUUCCGUGGCCAGGACCUGUACGUUGGCCGCGCCCAGAAGAAGCACGAGCGCGAGGAGGAGCUGCGCAAGUCUUAUGAGGCUGCUCGCCUGGAGAAGGCCAACAAGUACCAGGGUGUCAACCUGUACAUCAAGAACCUCGAUGAUGAUGUCGACGACGAUAAGCUCCGUCAGAUGUUCUCCGAGUUCGGCCCCAUCACCUCGGCCAAGGUGAUGCGCGACACUCCUGUCGAGAACGAGGAGGAGAAGCCCGCCGAGGAGAAGAAGGAGGAGCAGGAGGACAAGGACAAGGAGAACAAGAAGGAGGAGACCAAGGAGGGCGAGGAGGGCGCUGAGAAGAAGACUGAGAAGAAGUCUGACAAGAAGCUCGGUAAGAGCAAGGGCUUCGGUUUCGUCUGCUUCAGCAACCCCGACGAUGCCACCAAGGCUGUCGCCGAGAUGAACCAGCGCAUGGUCAGCAACAAGCCCCUCUACGUCGCCCUGGCCCAGCGCAAGGAUGUUCGCAAGAGCCAGCUUGAGGCUAGUAUCCAGGCUCGCAACCAGCUUCGCAUGCAGCAGGCCGCCGCCGCCGCCGGCAUGCCCCAGCAGUACAUGCAGCCCCCUGUCUACUUUGCUCCUGGCCAACAGCCCGGAUUCAUCCCCCAGGGUGGCCGCGGCAUGCCCUUCCCCCAGCCCGGCAUGGGAAUGCCCGGUGUCCAGGGCGGCCGUCCCGGUCAGUUCCCCGGCUACCCUCAGCAGGGCGGUCGCGGAGGUGUUCCUCAGCAGAUCCCCCCCAACAUGUACGGCAUGCCCGGCCAGUUCCCCCCUCAGUACGGUCAACCUGGUACUCCUCAGUUCAUGGCUGCCAUGCAGCAGGCUCAGCAGGCCGCUCUCUCUGGUGGUCGCGGUGCUCCUCAGGGUGGCCGUGGUGGCCCUCAGGGUAUGCCUGGUGCUCCUCCCAUGGGCGGUGCCAUGCCUGGCUUCCCUCCCAACAACCGCCAGCAGGGUGCUGGUCGUGGUGGACCCAACGCUGGCCGCAACGGAAACGGCCCCCAGGCUCAGGCUGGCCGUGGUGCCGAGGGCGCCAACCCCGCCAGCGUGCUCCAGCAGCAGCUUCAGGCCGCUCAACCUGCUCAGCAGAAGCAGAUUCUGGGUGAGCUGAUCUUCCCCAAGAUCCAGGCCAUCAACUCCGAACUCGCUGGCAAGAUCACUGGUAUGCUCCUGGAGAUGGACAACUCGGAGCUUGUCAACCUUAUUGAGGAUGACGCUUCGCUGAAGGCCAAGGUCGACGAGGCUCUCGCCGUCUACGACGAGUAUGUCAAGGCCCAGGGCGGCGCCGAGGGUGGUGAGGCUAAGAAGGAGGAGGAGACCAAGGCUUAA